AUGAGUAGUACCACUACUACUACCACUACUUUACUGGGUUUGCCGACCGAGAUCCAACUGCAUAUUAUCAAAUUUCUUGAUUACCCUUCAUCUAUUGCACUUUCACACACAAACCAAAGUUUCAGGGCUAUUGUCCCUACAGAGCCACCCACGACAAAUGAACAGAAACUGUCAUUGCUACUUGACAUGGAAAAAUGGCCAAAAUAUGCUCACUUCUUUUCCUGCAAUAUAUGUCUCAAACUUCGACAUGAAAAUGCGUUCGCCGACAAACAACUACGAGGCAAACGCGGAAAAGACGGAACUCAACAAGAUCGUCGAUUUUGCCUCGAUUGUGGUUUCUACAACAAAAUGUAUCAACCAGGUCAUUUUCUCAAAGUGAAUGGCCGUGACGAAGUCCUUUGCGCUAUGUGUCGAAAAAGAUGUCGAUAUGGACGAUACUGCACGAGGUGCUGUAUGUGCGAGCCGUGUAUAUCAAAGCUACCUCCGGCACCUGCACACCCAAUACUUCCCUCGGAGGAACUUAAGGAUCGCUGUCCCCGAUGUUGGCUCAGGGUCGGUGAAUUUACCAUAGAUUUGGGAAACCCUUACCGAAUUUCAGCCUGA